AUGGGCCAUCUCAUCGCAUCUACACCUCAUCGGCCCUCGAAAUUCCCAUUCUCGACACACAACCUGCUUCGAGAAGUUGCUAAAUACCAAUACCUGAUGAGCACUAUUGAUAGGAUCUUGGGCAACAUAUAUGUGGGGUCGGUGCAACCUAUUAUAGACCAUGUCCCGCUGAGAACCGACUACAACAUCUCGCAUAUCCUGUCUGUAAUGAAGUUCGAGGUACUGCCCGAAUAUCUGGUCAGAAAGAGCUAUACACUAAAGAAUGUUGCUAUCGAUGACGACGAAACUACUGAUAUACUGCAAUACAUUGACGAAACGAACAGAUUCAUCGACUCCUGUCUGUUUCCCCACGAACCCGAGUAUGAUCCUCGAAAAGUGGACUUCAGGAAGAAGCCUCAACAAGGGGGCGUAUACGUCCAUUGUCACGCGGGUGUAUCGCGGUCGGUAACAUUCAUUGUGGCGUAUUUGAUGUACCGGUACAGACUAAAUCUAAAGUCCGCACUCUACGCUGUGAAAAGAAAGCAUCCAGGCGCCCAGCCAAAUGAUAACUUCAUGGAACAACUAAAGAUUUACCAGGACAUGGGAUCCUACCAUGUUGACAUCGACAAUCAGGCAUACAAGGUCUGGAAGCUCACCAAUUCGGUGAAAGAAGACGGCACAGGAGAAAACAUCUUAGCUCAAGAAGACACUUUUAAGCACAACGACCAAAAGAGACUUCAGGAAAUGACCCCCGAAGAACUUUCUGCAGUCACAGUUAUACGCUGCAAAAAAUGCCGACAAAAGCUAGCUCUUUCGACUUCCUUCAUACAGCACGAGCCUCCUAGCAAAGAAUCGACUGAAGGUCAUUUUAUUAGAAGAGCGGCAGGGGGCAGAAGGAUUAUUGGUAUCCAACAGUCGCAAGAUUCGUGUUCUCAUUUUUUUGUCGAACCUCUCAACUGGAUGAAGGACGAGUUGCAAGGCAAGCAGGAGCUGGAGGGGAAGUUCUCGUGCCCUGGUUGCUCAUCGAAAGUUGGCGGGUAUAAUUGGAAAGGUUCAAGAUGCAGUUGCGGGAAGUGGAUGGUACCUGCGAUUCAUCUUCAAAAUGCGAAAGUUGACCAGAUCGCGUUCGCAAAGAAAGCCUUGCCCAAUAUGGUGGGCUCAGAACUGACAAAAGAGUAG